AUGCUGAAUAUGAUGCCGGCAGGACGUUUAGGAAUAUAUCCAACCAAGAGUCAAAGGGCAGAGGACACGGAACUAGGUCUCCCUGACGCUCUAACUAAGUUGCGCAAACAACGCUUCAUCUUAGAACUGCUUAUGGUUAUUGAUAGACUUAAAGAUGAAGAGGGUGUUGAGACGCCUGAAAAAAGGAGGUUGCUCAACUAG